UUGAAUACAUUCGUAAUUCGCAGUCGUCCCUUUGAUUACAUGUGAACCGGAAAUUUUAAUUUCCUAUAUCUAAUUAAAAAUUUAACUUCAAAAUCGUCGAAAAGGAAUAAAACAACAUCUUUCUCCUGAAAGUAUCAUUGAAAUUAAUUAAAAUUGCUAUUGUUUACAAUAAUGAAGAUCCACUGGAAUUUGAUUCGGGAUUAGUCGCGUAUACUAGAAUUGAAGCUGAGGAUUACUUGCAGUAUUUAAAUACCAUGCGCGAAGCACUUUUUUCCCAGGAUGGCUGGGGCUGCCAGCACGUCAACCAGGAUACAAACUGGGAGGUCCCUAGCUCCCCAGAGCCAACUAACAAAGAUUCAGCAGCACCACCUUUAUGGAAACCAAGCAUUAAUAAUGGCACUGAUCUUUGGGAAUCUAAUUUAAGAAACGGUGGUCAGCCUACAGCUCAGCAAGUUCCCAAACCGUCUUGGGGUCAUACCCCAUCCUCUAAUCUAGGUGGCACGUGGGGAGAAGAUGAUGAUAAUACCGACGCGAGUAGUGUAUGGACAGGUGGAUCAGUUAGCAAUUCAGGAUCUGGUGCUGCAGUGGGCGUAAACCAAAGCGCAGUAAAUGUUGGUCCGGGAGGAAUCGUUGCAUCCACAGGACCCCAGUGGACUCAAGGAGUUGUUGGACUUGGAACUUCAGGUACAAGUGGAACAAACAUUACCGGAGCAACUGCUGCCCCUGCUGGAGGUGGCAGCAAUACCAAUAAUACUGGAAACGGAUGGGGGGAUCCUCGGGACAUUCGGCCUUUGACUGCAGGCGGCGCUAGUUCAAUUGAUAUACGCAGUGUUGAUCAUCGGGGAGGCAAUGUCUCUGGAUCUAACGCUAGUGAUCCUCGCGACAUUCGAAUGAUUGAUCCUCGUGAUCCUAUCCGAGGAGAUCCCCGCGGAAUUUCAGGACGUCUUAAUGGAACUUCGGAGAUGUGGGGCCAUCACCCGCAAAUAACUCACCAAAUGCAAAACAUGAACAAAUUGGUCGGUCAAAGUGUAACAUCGGCGGGAACCGGGGUUGGAGGUUCAACUGGUCCAGGAAUUCCUGGAGGCUCUGCUCCCAAUUCCGUUCCCGGUUCUACCAAUAUCCCAACGCAGUGGGGACCUUCUCAAGCGGUAGGCUCCAAAGAUAUAUCUAAGCAGAUAAGUGGAUGGGAAGAGCCAUCUCCCCCGCCACAGCGUCGGAGCAUACCAAAUUAUGAUGACGGCACUUCAUUAUGGGGACAGCAGCCUCGGGUCCCUUCUGCCAGCGGCCAUUGGAAGGAUAUAAAUGAUUCAAUCAAUCGCGGCGCCCAUUUGAUACGAGGCCAAAACCAGUCGGUAGGCAUUGGUAUUGCAGGGGUUGGCAAUAGCAAUGUUCCAGGGGGCACCAAUUCCAACAACCCCAACAUAAACAGUGUUAUUGGGACCCAAGCACGCAUAGCAUCGGUGGGGGGCGUACAACACAAGUCUGAUGGUAGUGCCAUGUGGGUACACUCUAACAAUGUUAGUGGUAGAAAUCCGGUGACUGGAGUUACAUCCUGGGGAGAAGAGACCCACAACGUUAGCGUCGGUGCUGCUACUGCGGGUGCAGUACCAGUAAGUAAUUGGGUUGACGAAAAGUCCAACACGUCUCUAGUACAGAACUCUUGGAGCGACGCUGGCUCUGUUGGAGUCAAUUGGGGAGGAAAGCAAACAAAAUUAGCAACAAAUAACCCUGCAGCAGGAUGGAGUACAACGGCAGGUGUGGUUGAUAGCGGAGAACUAAGCUCUGACUGGAACACACACAGCGGUAUUGUUGGAAAAUCUCAACAGCAGCAAAAGCUGGCUGGUAUCAAUGUAGGAAUGGUUCUUAAUGCGGAUAUGAUAAAGCAGAGCAAGCAGUAUAGAAUUCUGGUCGAGAAUGGUUUCAAAAAAGAGGAUGUAGAGCGAGCAUUACUGAGUUCAAAUAUGAAUAUAGAAGAAGCUGCCGAUAUUUUGCGUACAAACUCUUCGUUGACAAUGGACGGAUGGCGUCGGCAUGAUGAGACUAUUGGUUCCUAUUCUGAUCACUCUAACACAAGUAGUGGAGGAUUUCCGGGCCGAUAUCCAGUCGGCAGUUCGCAACCAUCAAUGUCGUAUCCUUCUAAUAACCUUAUGAAUAACAUGGCUGGAGGGUCUGUUGCUGGAGGUGGUAAUAAUAAUCCUAACAUGACCGCUUUGCAAGUGCAAAAGUACUUAAAUCAAGGUCCACAUGGCGUAGCUGUUGGACCCCAAACAGUCGGAAAUGCAUCCGCCCUUUCAGUAGGAUUUGGACAAAACGCUUCAAACACAGCAGUUGCAGCAGCAGCAUCUGUAAAUAUUGCCUCUAAUUCAAACAAUCAACCAUCGGGCCAACAAAUAAGAAUGCUUGGUCAGCAAAUUCAGCUUGCUAUACAUAGUGGUUUUAUUUCAAGUCAAAUAUUGACACAACCGUUAACACAAACUACUCUUAAUCUCUUAAAUCAACUUCUUAGCAAUAUAAAGCACCUUCAGGCAGCUCAACAGUCCCUUGCUAGGGGAGCAAAUUCGAAUCCUAUGGCAGUAAAUGUAGCAAUAUCUAAAUACAAACAACAAAUUCAGAAUCUACAAAACCAAAUAAAUGCACAACAGUCUGUAUAUGUCAAACCGCAAAAUAUACCACCAACAUCGCAGCAACAGCCACCACAACCACAGCAACAUCAAUCACACCUUAAUAACUCUGCCAACGACUAUCUAAGAGGUCACGAUGCAAUUAAUAACCUUCAAAACAACUAUCCUGAGCUUAAUAUAAAUAAGCAGGGAAGUUUUCAAGGCACGUCCAAUCAGCAAUCUCGGUUAAAUCAGUGGAAGCUUCCAGUAUUAGACAAGGAUAUAAACGCAGAAAGUUCGGAAUUUUCACGUGCUCCAGGGGCAACUAAACAAAACAUUACGAGCAAUGCCGGCAAUAUAGGCUCAUUGGGGCUUCAAAACGAUGGUACAUGGUCGACAGGUCGAAGCAUUGGUGACGGUUGGCCGGAUACCUCAUCUGAUAACGAGAAUAAAGACUGGUCAGUUGCUCCACAGACUGCAGCAGCAACUGUUUAUACCGACAUGGUUCAAGAGUUUGAGCCAGGAAAACCAUGGAAGGGUUCUCAGAUUAAGAGCAUAGAAGACGAUCCCAGCAUUACUCCUGGAAGCGUUGCUAGGUCCCCUUUGUCCAUUAAUCCGACGCCAAAAGAAACUGACAUAUUUAAUAAUACUGGAAAAAAUUCACCGACUGAUUUACCGCCAUUAAGUUUAUCUUCGUCAACAUGGAGUUUUAAUCCAAACCAAAAUUUUUCAAGUUGGUCUGACAGUAAUCCGCAAUGUAGCAAUACUUCUGAGCUGUGGACAAGCCCUUUAAACAAGUCAUCUCGUGGACCGCCACCAGGACUAACUGCAACUUCAAAUAAAUCGGGAAAUGUUGGUACUACUUCAACAUCAACAGCAAUAGCUGGCGGUGCUAAUGGUUGGUUACAAGCUCGAGGUGCAAGUGUUCAAGCCACAAAUACCACUUGGAGUGGAGGUAAUGCACCCUGGAGCUCUAGUUGGUUACUUUUAAAAAAUCUAACUGCCCAGAUUGACGGCUCUACCCUACGUACGUUGUGUAUGCAACAUGGUCCUCUUGUGAACUUUCAUCUUUACUUAAGUCAAGGGAUUGCCUUAUGUAAAUAUACAACUCGGGAAGAGGCAAACAAAGCGCAAAUGGCAUUAAAUAACUGUGUUCUUGCCAAUACUACGAUAUAUGCUGAAUCUCCUAACGAAAAUGAGGUACAGAAUAUUAUGCAACAUUUGCCCCAACAAACAGCUUUAGCCACCACAACUACAAGUUCCGCUGGUACUGUCGUAACAUCAUCUAACAGUGCAAGCAGUUCAGUACCCAGCAGCUUAUCUGGAAACAGCAGCAAUGGAAAUGGAAAUGGAAACAGCGGGGGCUGCAUCAACAAUAGCGGUUCUAGUGGAAGUGUGGGUAUUAGCAAUUCCAAUGCUAAUGUUGUAAGCUCAAAUCUAGUAAAUGCCAGUGGUUGCUCUGUUUCAAAUCCUACCGGUGGGCCUUCUAAUACUGGAACAGUUGGUUCGGUUGCCGCCAGUACCACGGCCAAUGCAGCAAACGGUGGAACAGGUACUACCAGUAGUUCUGGCCCAAAGAGUAGUGCAAACAAUGUUUCUUUAUCUGUCAGUCAGGCUAGUGGCUCUAACAGUAACAGCUCUACUUGGCGUCAAGCAAGCCAAAACCCACCCCUUCAAAAUCAGAGCCGGCCUUCGGGCAGAGAAGCUGAUUAUGAUUAUAUAUCUCAAUUUGUUUGUUCCAUUGUUGAUGAUUAAUGAUUAGCGACCAAUUCCAUUGGCUAUUGACCAUCGACUAUCGCAUUCUGUGACUCAAGACACUCACCCAAAAGCUUCAAAUAAUUGAUACUAAGUAUAUGUAUGAAAAGCAAGACCAUGUGAAAAAUAUAAAAGUGGAUCGACUGAUAGAAGAAUGGACUUAGAUUUUUGUAUGCCCGUAGAUUUAUUUUUCUUCGUCGUUCAUAGAGCUAAACUUGUAUCAGUAAGUUAAAAUUUAACCCAGAAAGAAAUAUUCGAUAUAUAGUUAUAUAUUUAUGUAUAUGUUGUCAAUAUUAUUGAAUUUUUGAAUCGUUUGCCGCCUAAAAAAGGUAUAUUGUCGUAUUUGAAAAAAGGGUUUUGACUUUAAAGUCUACCAAUUAGUUAUGGGAAAUAAUUCGAAAUUGCAUACAUUCAAAACUUUCGAGUCUUAAUAAAUAAAAUAAAUAUACCCAAAUGAAUGAAAAUGUACCUUAUGGACCAUUUAAACUAGCAGAAAUGGCAAUAGAGUGCUGGUAGCAUUCAGGGACAAUGUGGUACGAAAUAAUUUAAUUUUUAUUCCUGUCAAAACUUGACAUGCGGACAAAUAAAGUAUGUUAGAUUUGCAUAUAUGUAUUUUAAUUAUGUACAUAUGUAUAGAUAUGUCCUAUUUUUCCGCUUAUGCAUGGAACUAUUCGUGAGUGUUUUUUGUGUUUCCAAUAAGGAUAAAUGCCUGUGUUAUAAUCAUUAUAGGAAGUUAUAAUCUUAUUACGGUAUUGCUUUCGUCAAAGCAUUCCCACCGAAAAUUUCGGUUAUACAUUAAAUUAAAAUAAAAAAUAUCAACGAAA